CGGCCUGAUAGCCUUUUACGACAGGCAGCGGAGAGCCGGCCGCCGUCGCAGGCUCGGUUUCGGGCGGGGGCGCGGGGCUCCUGGCUGCCACCGCCGGGCCCGUUCGCUUCUCACUGCGACCCCUGGCUCCUGACCCCAGUAGCGGCUCGUCUGUGGCGAGAGAGCGGGGGCCGGCCCGGCCCUGGCCUGACCUGCGAGGUGACCUUGGUCGAGUCCCCUGCCGCGUGGAGCCCGUGUGGCGCGGGCCCGUCAGAGACCCAGUUCUCCAGCGGCCGGAGACACAGACCUAGAGCGGCCCCCCACAGGCUGCCCCGUGGCAGGGGAAGCGCCGGGCCGCCUGGGGAGUGGGGAGCGGGGCAGCUCGGUGGGGGCGGGGGAGAUGCCCCUGCCUGUGAAAUGGCCGUUCCCCGCUGUGCCGCGGUUCACCUGGACUCUGGCCAGCAGCGUCGUCAUGGGCCUGGUGGGCACCUACAGCUGCUUCUGGACCAAGUACAUGAACCACCUCACCGUCCACAACAAAGAGGUGCUGUACGAGCUCAUCGAGAACCGAGGCCCAGCCACGCCCCUCAUCACUGUCUCCAAUCACCAGUCCUGCAUGGAUGACCCUCACCUCUGGGGGAUCCUGAAACUCCGCCACAUCUGGAACCUGAAGUUGAUGCGUUGGACCCCUGCGGCCGCAGACAUCUGCUUCACCAGAGAGCUGCACUCCCGCUUCUUCAGCUUGGGCAAGUGUGUGCCCGUGUGCCGAGGAGAUGGCGUCUACCAGAAGGGAAUGGACUUCAUUCUGGAUAAGCUCAACCACGGGGACUGGGUGCACAUCUUCCCAGAAGGGAAGGUGAAUAUGAGCUCCGAGUUCCUGCGCUUUAAGUGGGGAAUCGGACGCCUGAUUGCUGAGUGUCAUCUCAACCCCGUCAUCCUGCCACUGUGGCAUGUCGGAAUGAACGAUGUCCUCCCUAACAGCCCGCCCUACUUCCCCCGCUUUGGACAGAAAAUCACGGUGCUGAUAGGGAAGCCCUUCAGUGCUCUGCCUGUGCUCGAACGGCUCCGGGCCGAAAACAAGUCGGCUGUGGAGAUGCGCAAAGCUCUGACCGACUUCAUUCAGGAAGAAUUUCAGCACCUGAAGACCCAGGCGGAGCAGCUGCACAAGCACCUACAGCCCGGGAGGUGUCCCCUUCCAGCGCUGGCAUCAGGACGGAGGGGACUUGAGGGGGGGCAGGUGGCCAGGCCGGAACUUUGGUCUUCUCCCACCUGCCCCGAUCUGGGAGCCACUGACCACCUCCUCAGAGACGGCCGCCAGCCUCGUCUUCCUUCUGCCCGCACUUUGCACAGGCGUGGGGUCCUUGGGCAGGGCCCAGCCCUGGGCUGCAGGCGGAUGAGCUGCCUUUUGCCAGAAGCGGAGCCCCACUGAACGGAGCCUGUGGCAAGGGGCUGAGACCCUGUCCCUUGCCUGUGUGCCCGGGCCCACCAGCUGCUCUGUCUUCCACCUCCCUGGUAUUGCUUGAGUCCCAUGGGACCUGGGUUUUCAUGUUUUGUAACCAAUAAAGCAUCUGUGUUGUGUUUUA